AUGAGUCUCAAAGUCUUUACCACUGAGUCGAUUGGGGCGCAGAGAAACCACAUUGCGAUCUACAUCGAAACCGAUCCCAGCGAAGACAGGGGCUGGCUGCACCAUGUUACCGGAACAAUCCUGAACGGGAUGGAUUACACACCCAGGGAAACACCCAACCCGGAGAUACUGCCAGAACAUGUGCCGGACUCCAAGAAGCAAAUCGCGAUCAUUGACGAAGAAGAUCUCGAGCGAUUCCGGGAGGAGUGCUGCCUAGCAGUUCUUCCCCCGCGAGCCCAGGUGACGCUCAAAGGAACCCGACUGUAUCCUGAUAUCCCGCUCUACCGCUGUACAGAGUGGUUGAAGGAUGUUGAGCAAAUGGCUUUCAGGAAGGGGAUUUUCAAGCCUCUGUGA